CCUUUUGCUGCUCCUCGUUCGGUUAUGGCGGUCCGGGCCAGCUUCGAGAACAACAACGAGAUCGGUUGCUUCGCCAAGCUCACUAACGCCUACUGCCUGGUGGCCAUCGGAGGCUCAGAGGGCUUCUACAGUGUCUUUGAAGGGGAGCUUUCUGAUACAAUUCCUGUAGUUCAUGCUUCUAUUGCUGGAUGUCGGAUCAUAGGGAGAAUGUGUGUGGGAAAUAGGCAUGGGUUAUUAGUCCCAAACAAUACAACAGACCAGGAGCUUCAGCACAUCCGAAACUCCCUUCCAGACUCUGUGCGAAUUCAGCGAAUAGAAGAACGCCUCUCUGCCUUGGGAAAUGUCACUACAUGCAAUGACUAUGUUGCACUUGUUCAUCCAGACAUUGACAGAGAGACAGAAGAGAUUUUGGCAGAUGUACUAAAAGUAGAAGUAUUCAGACAGACAGUAGCGGACCAAGUACUAGUAGGAAGCUACUGUGCAUUUAGCAACCAAGGGGGGCUGGUGCACCCUAAGACAUCCAUUGAAGACCAGGAUGAGCUCUCGUCAUUGUUGCAAGUCCCACUUGUGGCUGGGACUGUUAAUCGUGGCAGCGAGGUGAUUGCUGCUGGAAUGGUUGUGAACGACUGGUGUGCCUUCUGUGGGUUAGAUACAACCAGCACAGAGUUAUCAGUUAUUGAGAAUGUCUUCAAGCUCAAUGAAGCACAGCCAAGUACCAUUGCCACCACUAUGAGAGAUUCUUUGAUUGACAGCUUGACAUGAUAUGCUUCCUGCCAACUGGAGAUGCAAGAUUAUCUUGACUGUUAUCUGAAGUAAAUUUAUCAUUUAGUACUCCUGUGGACCUGGAUCAGGAGCACUACAUCACAAUCAAGUUUCAAAAUGAUAAUCUUAUCCACUAUCUUUGGCAAACAGCAUUGAUUAUGUAAACACUCAUGUCCCUUUCUGUUGCUUUGUUAAUGUGUUUCUCUGCUUUCAUUUAUUCAUGCGAUGAUAAAAGUUAGCAACUUGUGAAGAAUGUUUAAAAGGCAGUGGUUACAUGUAAUAAGGAUAUAAACAAAAGGGCAGUCAUUGUUCUCUUUUACUCACUAGUACUGAUUCAGUUUGCAGCUUUUCAUGAUCGCAUCUAUAAAGCCAGUAGUCUAACAUAGCCAGGCUGCCUAGUGUUACUGUCUUACACCCAUUUAGUAGCCAUUCAUCCACUUUAAAGGCUGGGUAGAGCCAUGCAUUUUGUAAAGCCAGUUGGUUAUGGGUUUAAGCUAUGCUAUAAAAUGCCAGAAGUUCAUAUCUGUUCUCAAAGGGGCAAGGCCAAGGACUCUAAUCCAGCUAUAUGUUUAAAUUACUAAAAAGACAAAGGCUCCUGCUGUACUUUGAGUGACUCAUUUCCACAGGGAGAGAUAGUAUGCCUAACUGAAGGGAAUUUCUUUUGAGUUGCUAAUUAAUUGCAUAUCCUUAAGAGUUCACUCAUAUCAAACUACUCAGCUACCUGUGUCUUGUGCAUCAAGUCUGCUCUGGGCUAUUCUAUGUUUCUGUUUUGCAUGGGACCUGAAAAAAAUCCAAACCUAGGUUGUAUGAGGCAGGAGUAGCAGGGAGGGGGUUGAAUGGCAAGGUCAAAAGUUCUAAUAAGAGAUUUUGUGGCAAUUGAAUCUAGCUUUCUACAUAAGGGGUAAGAAGUUGCAUCAAACUUAAUAAACACAUAUCCAGAUGGAAGGACUGUGUCCUGGAUUUUUACCUACUUUUAGGACAGCAGCAAACAUGGGUAACUGCAAUUCUAUGCAUGUCUACUCACAUAUAAAUCCUACUAAGUCAAUGGUUUACUUAUAGGUAAGUGUGCAUACAAUUAUAGACUUACAUAUUUCGGUAAGCUGAAAGCUUAACUGUAGUACUGCCUUACUGAUAAUAUACAAAAUUAUUCCCUUCUUUAACUUUUAAAGCAUUGUUUAUUCUGAGUUGGAAUAUGUCGUUUGCAAGGUACUCCAAUGAAAGAGAAUUGACUGUGCCGUAGGGCAGGAAUGGGCACUUUGCAACUCUCCAAAUGUUUUUGACCUGCAGUUCCCCUAACCCUUCCCCAUUGCGUCUGCUGACUAGGCCUGAUAAGAGUCAUAGACCAAAAUACCUGCCCUCUUCUGCAUUAUAUGCAAACAGUAGCAGGUCUACUACCUUUGCCUUCUGUCUCAAUCCAUGGAAUGUGUAUAUCGGCCCUUAGUCACUCUGCCUGUUUGCCAGUUCUCCCUCUUGCCAUGGUGGACACACUCCUACAGUCAAACAUUGCAUUUUAAAGAAACAGCCACUUUCUAUAGGUAAGCCAUGAGGGGGACCCAUUUAGAUUCUUCAGUUUACUCAGCAUAAUGGGUGCUCCCACCCUGCUAAGUGGCUAUCCUGAGUCAAUUUGACCUAGUUGCAAUUGCAGGCCAAAAUGAUUGAAGGGCCAUAAGUUACCUACCUCUUAGGGUAUAGCUAAGGUGCACGGCAUCUUGACAGCUCUGUGUUUAGCAAAUGUAACUCUAAAAAGCAGCAGCUAUUGGUGAUGGCAGAUUUUUGGCAAAAAUGGGAUAGCAUACCUAACACUAAAGGUGGUAUUAAUUGUUAGCCCUACUUACUGAAAUGUAUAGGUCUUAAAUUAUACUGAAUGCAACUGUAGGUUCACAAGAAAAUUUUGUACCUCAUUGCGCAAGCUGUAAACCACUUACAGUUUUUGAAUAUCCUGAAUGUGGAAAAGGGGGGAAAUGUGUCUACUGUAGCUGCUACAGCUUAUAGGACAUACUGACUUUUGGUGAUAGUGCCAUGAACUUGGCAACUUUUUGAAUUAAAUGUAACUUCCAGUGCAGAGUGUAUGUGGGUCUUACUAUGCUAUUGUUUUAAGUACAAUGAACCUGAAUGAAAAUAGUGCAUCAUGUGAUGAAGGAAUGACAGUGAAGUGCAGGUUGGUAGCAUAUGUCUAUAUGGUUGUUUCUGCACAUGCCCAAGUCACUAUUCAGUGGGUAUGGACAUUUCACUGCAUCUCUGUGAAGACUUUCAAGAACCAGGCAGAGUAAAAUAUCUACAUAUAUUGCUAAUGUGGGAUAUAUAUAAGUUCUCAGUAUGAUUUUACUAUGCAAUCAGACUUAAUUACAUACUUCAAAACUACUUUUUAGCACAUUUUUAUAAUUGCAUGAACUAACCCAAAUAUGGCUGUUGCUCUGAUAUGUCAGCUGAGAUGCAUAAAAGUGCUGGAACAGAUACUUUAAAUGUAAACAUAGCAUAACUUAAUAGCAAAUUAAUGUUUUGAUGAUGCAGUAAGGGCCAUCCCACCAUCCUACGUGGGGGUAAAGAAUGCCCUUUGAAGGAAGUGAAGAUAAGAUCUUAAGUCCUGCCAAACCUUUAGCAGGAAUACCAUUUCUUUUGUAGAAGCAAAGAAGGCACCAUGCUUUAGCAUUAUACAGUCUGAGUGCAAUCCAACAAUGACAACCAUAAAUCUCUGAAUACUGAGGAUUAUGGGCAUCCAGAAGUGAGAGGAGACCAGAACUAAAAACCAGCUCUGCAUUUGUGCCUUGCUAGAAGGCAGAUUUUGUCCAUCUAGGUAAGGCACUAUGGGUAGAGAUGAGAGGAGAAUGGGGCACCACCAGAAAACGUGAGACCCUGGUGUACCCAGUCUCCUCCCCUCACUACAGAACAUUGGCUUCACCCCCUCCUUCAAUGUAACAGCAAACUGGGGAGGGUAGGUUGGAGGGGGUUUUUUGCAGCCUCAGAGCUGAGCCUCUGAAAAAUCCUAUGGCCCCCUCUAGGGGCCAUGAGCUUGCUCUGCUAGUGGAUUAUUACGGCACCAACUUUCAAGACAACAUAAGUGUUGCUUUUGUUAACUCCCUCUUGCACUAUCUGAAUUCCAUCAAAAAUUUAAUUUGGUAUGAAGGGAAUUACGUUAUAAUUCUUCUGUUACAUGUUGGAGCUCAGGUUCUCCAGCCUGUGUUUUCCUUUCAAUGUGUGUGCGUUUUGGGAUUCUUGUAAGGGCAAACCAUCUCCUUAUCCUGCCUCCAUUUGUGUGAUUUCUGCAAACUGCUUCUUAGGUAGAUUUAAAUCAUUUUACCUGCAUCUGUGAAAAAACAGCCUAGAGUGAAAUUGCAGAAUGAACAUCCCAUCUGCUGAGAAUUCUUACCUCUGCAAGGGGCUGUGUAUUCCAAACACAGGGCUGCUGAUAACAUCUAAACUGUCAGAAGACAAAGUUGGUGCAGUAAAAGUGAAGGGCCACCUCACAUACUAGAAAGUAUUAAUACUUCCAUGCAGGAACUUGAAAAUAUCAAAUGUGAACCAUCAUAUGCAAUUUUCUCGUGUAGGAUUGUCAUAUAAACAUGAGCAACACAGGAUUUAUACAAAUUCCUAAAUGGUGCAACUUCCAUAUAGAAAUUUUAGAUAUGCGCUGCCUUUAACCAACUUAGUACAAAAUAUUUCAACUGUUUUACUUACAUAAGCACUUUUGCAAUUGUCUUGAAUGUAGGCUAUAACGUUUUAAAUUAGGUUCCAAACAUUUGCUUUUAAUUCCUAUCAUUUGACCUGUAGCAUAACAAGUAGAGAAACUGCUGGAAGAUGUAAAAAAGGAUGCUGACUGUCCAACCGGAAUGACAAAAGGCCAAUACCUGGAAAGAAACCAAUUUAUAUCACAAUUCUAUACUCAGAAAUAAGUAAAUGCUGAUGUAUAGGGAUAUUAGAUUGCAGGCUUAGUUUGUCUAGCCUUUAAACAAGCCUGACAUAAUAGUUUAAAAGCCCAACCAGACAAUUUCUAUGCAGUCAUCAUGAUUAUUAAUAAACAAGUGUCUUAUACUGCAUCAUACUUCAAAAAAAAACCACACAAUUUUCCUUUUUAAGAUGAAAGUUGGUAUUCAUACUAUUGUAUGCAUCCAUCAUUGCAAUGUUGAUUACGAACUACACUGGGAUUGGACUAGAGAAAAAUGCAUGGAAGGGAGCAGGCAAAAAGUUACCUUUUUUGCUCCCAUCUGUCCCCCAGCACUCAUCCAAAUGGCUUUUCUAAGAAUCAGCUGCCCCUGCUGAAGAGGUAGGCUGUGGUAUGGUGUGAGAGGAACCCUGGAAGUAGGACAGAGGGAUCUUGUGGAAGCAGUGCUCUCAAAAAGUAUCCUCCCAGUCUUUCUCCCACUGGCCUACUCCAUUCAGCAAGGUCCUCCAAUCCUCAGAAGAGGCAUGGCAAGGGGGAAAUACUCCUUUACGGCCACUGGAUUCAAUUUAUUUACAUUUCACACUUUGAAAUAUUUGCCUUUCAUAUAAUUAAGUAUAAAUUGCAUUAUGGUAGCAUAAACUACUGCUAGUGUAAUGCUGAUAGUGUUGGCUGAAGUGACUGGUCUGGGGAAAUCACAUUUCAACAAUUAGCUUAUGUUAGCACAACAUAAUUUACAUUAGCACUGAUGCCAAAUAGGAUACUACACUGCCCUUGUAUGUGAAGUGACAGUUACUUUUCAUUCACACCAGAUUCUCAAGUUUCUAAAUUGCAAACUUCAUACAUUUUCUGUUAAUUAUUGUAAACUUCAUUACUCCAACCAAAGUUCUCAUUGCAAUGUUGCUAAAAAACAGCAUCCUAAGGUGUACGCCAUUCUUCCAAAUGCAAUCAAAUGAAAAUAUCAAAGAUCUUACAUUUUAAUCUUAUAAUGGUAACAAUUAAUUUAUUGUUGCCAACUUAAAAUAGUGGUAAUAUGACAUUUAAAUAUUAAUUACAUGAUAGGUUCUUAAAAACAAGAGUAUUAAGGUCUGCAUUCACAUUAUCGGUAUUUGAAUCCAACUGCUUAGUCUUGCAGACUAUAGUUGAAUUCAGAAUUUCCGUUCGUUAACUUGCUGUUAUGAUUUGAUCUGGAUUCAGAGCUGUUUGAAGUUGUGGUCUACACAGAAUUACUUCCUAAGAGCUCUUUGUAUCUCUGCUAUUGCAGAACGGGAACAUCAGCUAAUUACCAUGAAUGUACAAAACGUCUGACCAGCAGGUAUUGGAAAAAUGCUAUCCAGGUAAUUGCCUGGUUCCUGUAAUAAAUUAAAAUCUUUCAGAAUGA